GCGUUUCUGAAUUUCCCAACUGAUUUGGAAUCAGUUACCUUUUAGGAGCCCAUCGUCGAUUAUGAUGAAUUAAAUUAUCGGUCUGAUUCAGGAUCGGUUCGAGAAGUUAUAAUGUUCUCGUAAUGAGACAGGAAGUUCAGCUCAAGAACUGUUGAUUGUCGUUGGUAAUUAAUACUUUUAAAAAUUAAGUACAAUCAUUUUGAAAUGCUAAUUUACGAUCUGCCUCUUUCUUAUGAUUUUGUGUAGUUUGGUUCUAAUCCAUACGUCACUGCAGUUCUGGCAAAGAUUCGGACUGUAAAUCGGAGGCUAAAAGAUCUAAUAGGUGUGAUGACGGAGUACAAGUUGGUGGUGGUGGGAGCUGGAGGUGUAGGCAAGAGUGCGCUCACGAUACAGCUCAUUCAGAACCACUUUGUGGAUGAGUACGACCCCACCAUUGAGGACUCGUACAGAAAGCAGGUGGUGAUCGAUGGCGAGACGUGUCUACUGGACAUCCUGGAUACAGCAGGUCAAGAAGAGUACAGCGCCAUGCGGGACCAGUACAUGAGAACUGGGGAGGGCUUCCUCUGUGUCUUUGCCAUCAACAACAGCAAGUCCUUUGCUGACGUGCACCUCUACAGGGAGCAGAUCAAACGGGUUAAAGACUCCGAUGAUGUUCCCAUGGUGCUGGUGGGUAACAAGUGUGACCUGGCUCGAACUGUAGACACCAAGCAGGCCCAGGAACUGGCACGCAGCUAUGGAAUCGAGUUUGUGGAGACCUCUGCCAAAACUAGACAGGGAGUGGAAGAUGCAUUUUACACGCUGGUCAGGGAGAUCCGACACUACCGCAUGAUGAAACUCAACAGCAGAGAAGAUAGGAACCAGGGCUGUCUUGGCCAUUCCUGUGCGGUCAUGUAACCUCCCAAGGGCUGUCUCCUGUGUAGCUACUCACUGGCGUAUCUGCUCACUGAGGAGCUUUGGGGCAGGUCUGUGGUCCAUGCUGGCUUACAGAAAAGUGGACUCUGCCCAACCCAACAGCCCCUUUCUCCCCUUUAAACUCUUACCAGUAGCAGAAUGCUCUCCCGUCCUACCCCAUCCCACAAAAUGGUUUUGUCUGCAUUUUUACACUCUAUUAAGGACUAUCUCAUGAAUGCAGUACUUUAUCAUACCAUACUUUUGCAUUUGAUUGGAAAUGGGGGAGUAUGUGGGUGGCCAUCCAGUGGCUUUUGGGUUUUUAAUGAGCUGUUGCUCAAGAGACAGGGCAUGGGUGCUGAAUCUAAGAAGGGUUGUUGAUUCUUGUUUUGAGCAUUCCUGGCUGUAGGUGAAUGGUCUUUUAUUUUAUGGUCAGUAUAUCCCCUCAAUCCCUCACCUGCGAUGGAUUUACUCGCACUCAGAAAGCAGAGAGCAACAUCUGUUGCUUAUAACUGUUUUUAUUUUUCUUUAUUUUGUUUUGGAAAAUGUAAUUUAUCUUUAUUUUUACAUAGUCAGAAACCGUAUGACAGAGCAGGGAGAGAAUUCCCUUGGUUUAUUAUUAUUAUUAUUAUUAUUAUUAUUAUUAUUAUUAUUUCAAUGCAGGUAUAGCAGAAUGAGCUCUGAAUGAGAUUUAUGUCAGUGGUGACCCCCUCGGUCUUACCCUACCUUACCUUACUGCUGCCAGAGAACAAAUUUGGUAUCUCACUUGUCAGUGUAUGUGCAGGCUUUGCCUUUUGCCUUGCUGCAUGUGCACUUUCUCCAGAGCUACCGUGGCCAAAUGGAAGACUUGGACUUGCUUCUGUGGGGGGUUUUUUGGGAGAUGUACAGCCUACACUUCUCACAUCUAAUGUCAUUUUCAGCUGUCGUUCUCAUUUUAAGUCCUUAACAUUUCCCUGUGCUAAACAACCAGUCAGGCUUAUGUCUGAAACCAAAUCGGGAAGCCAGUGUUACAGGAGUAAUGUGAAUGGUUUUAUGUUUAGGCGUUAAAACUGUGAUAAUUUGCAAGGGGAUUAUUUUUUAAAUACAUUUUAUGAAUAAGGGAGCACUUUCCUCUACGUUUGAGUGCUUUACCACACAGGACUUUAGUAAUUUCUUUCUGCAAUCGCCUUACUGUAGGCUUUUUAUUAUCCUUGACCCUUCUGUUAAAUUUCUUUAUCUCUAAUGCAGUGUCUACUGUACACUGUCUACUGUUUUUUUUUUUUUUUUUUUUUAAUCUACUGAUAGACUACACCAGAUCGACUGUUUUAAGUUUUGCUUCAUCUCUGCUUUUUGUUUGGAGGGUUUAUUAAUCUUUACAAUUUUCGUUUGUCAUUUUGACAUCUGUGAGGUGCAAAAUAAAUGCUAAACUAAUGCAGGUUCUUUAAUAAAUUUACAUAUGCCUGUUUUUU